AUGAAGCAGUAUCUUGACCUCGUUCGGGACGCCGGCGCGGCUUUUGGUCUGCCGCCGCUUCCAGCGAAUGUGGUGCGUACGCAUAACAUUACUACUGGAAGAGCGUACGAGGCGGAGGAUCGGAGGCAUAAUAGGAAUGGAGUGAAGGGUACGAAGUAUGAUAAGGACGAGCAGCAGGACAGGCGGGACAAGGCGAAGGCUGCGACGCAGGCGAAGAAGGAGGAGGCGAAGAAGCGCGAGGAGGCCGGGUUGAAAAAGAAGGUUGUCAUGGCGGGCAGCACGACUUUGCAGGGGAUUGGUGCGGUGAGUACGGCGAUUGAUGCUGCUGAUGGUGCUGUGAUGGCCGAGUUAGAAGCGGAUGGGGUUGCUGGUGCUGAUGUGGAAGAACAUGGGGAGUUUGAGGCUUCGCCAGCAAUUGCAGCGGAUGAGGAAACAAUAGGUAUGGACGAGUGA